GGGGCCCUUGGUAGUGUUCGAGACGUUGGUGGUGGAGGUGGCCCUCGGCUGCGGGGUCCAGGGCUGUGGGUCCAGCUCGACGGCCCUAAGCUCUCACCCGGCUGCUCCACGCCGGCCGCCUCGGGCGCGUCUCCCGCACUGGCCCUGCCCUGUCGGCGCCAGCACGUCAGUUUGCGGGUGUGCGCAGGCGCGGCGGGGGCGCUUGGUCCCGUUGGGUGGGCGGCGGAGCCCGGGAGCGCGCGAGCGAGACCAUGGCGGGCAGCGGCGCGGGGGGCGGUGGUGUCGGCGAGACGAAGGUGAUUUACCAUCUGGAUGAGGAAGAGACUCCCUACCUGGUGAAGAUUCCUGUCCCGGCGGAGCGCAUCACCCUCGGCGAUUUCAAGAGCGUUUUGCAGCGGCCCGCCGGCGCUAAGUACUUUUUCAAGUCUAUGGAUCAGGAUUUUGGUGUGGUGAAGGAGGAGAUCUCAGAUGACAAUGCCCGCCUGCCGUGCUUCAAUGGAAGAGUUGUCUCCUGGCUGGUGUCGUCAGAUAACCCCCAGCCUGAGAUGGCUCCCCCAGCCCACGAGUCUCGGACAGAACUGGUCCCUCCACCUCCACCAUUACCGCCCUUGCCACCGGAAAGGACCAGUGGCAUUGGGGACUCAAGGCCUCCGUCCUUCCACCCUAAUGUGUCCAGCAGCCAUGAGAAUCUAGAGCCCGAGACAGAAACCGAGUCUGUUGUAUCACUACGACGAGAGCGACCUCGAAGGAGAGACAGCAGUGAGCAUGGCGCUGGUGGCCACAGGCCCAGUGGUCCCUCAAGGCUGGAGCGCCACCUGGCUGGGUAUGAGAGUUCCUCCACCCUCAUGACCAGUGAGCUGGAGAGUACCAGCCUGGGCGAUUCGGAUGAGGAGGACGCCAUGAGUAGGUUCAGCAGCUCCACCGAGCAGAGCAGCGCCUCCCGCCUCCUCAAGCGCCACCGAAGGCGGAGGAAGCAGCGGCCGCCGCGCAUGGAGAGGACCUCCUCCUUCAGCAGUGUCACCGAUUCCACGAUGUCCCUCAACAUCAUCACGGUCACACUCAACAUGGAGAAGUACAACUUCCUGGGCAUCUCCAUUGUGGGCCAGAGUAACGAGCGGGGUGACGGAGGCAUCUACAUCGGCUCCAUCAUGAAGGGGGGUGCCGUGGCUGCUGACGGACGCAUCGAGCCUGGCGACAUGCUGUUGCAGGUGAACGAUAUGAACUUUGAGAACAUGAGCAACGAUGAUGCUGUACGGGUGCUGAGAGACAUCGUGCACAAGCCAGGCCCCAUCGUGCUGACCGUGGCCAAGUGUUGGGAUCCUUCUCCCCAGGCCUACUUCACCCUCCCCCGAAAUGAGCCCAUCCAGCCAAUCGACCCUGCUGCCUGGGUGUCGCAUUCUGCUGCGCUGACUGGCACCUUCCCCGCGUACCCAGGCUCUUCAUCCAUGAGCACUAUUACAUCCGGCUCCUCCCUGCCUGAUGGUGAGUCUCGAGCCCCUCCCCACCUCCCUUUGAGUGGACCUUUCUUCAGUUCUCGGUUGUCUCCUCUGUCAGGCUGUGAAAGCCGGGGUCUCUCCAUCCACAUGGACAUGGCCUCUGUGACCAAGGCCAUGGCAGCCCCGGAGUCUGGGCUAGAAGUCCGGGACCGCAUGUGGCUGAAGAUCACCAUCCCAAAUGCCUUUCUAGGCUCCGACGUGGUAGACUGGCUGUACCAUCACGUAGAAGGUUUUCCCGAGCGCCGGGAGGCCCGCAAGUACGCCAGCGGGCUGUUGAAGGCAGGACUCAUCCGCCACACUGUCAACAAGAUUACCUUUUCUGAGCAGUGCUAUUACGUCUUCGGGGACCUCAGUGGUGGCUGUGAAAGUUACCUGGUCAGCCUGUCCCUGAACGACAACGACGGCUCCAGCGGGGCCUCCGACCAGGACACCCUGGCCCCCCUCCCCGGGGCCGCCCCCUGGCCCCUGCUGCCCGCCUUCUCCUACCAGUACCCAGCCCCACACCCCUACAGCCCACAGCCGCCGCCCUACCACGAGCUUUCAUCGUACACUUACGGUGGAGGCAGUGCCAGCAGCCAGCACAGUGAAGGGAGCCGGAGCAGUGGGUCCACAAGAAGUGAUGGGGGGGCCGGGCGCACAGGGAGGCCUGAGGAACGGGCCCCUGAGUCCAAGUCUGGCAGUGGCAGUGAGUCCGAGCUUUCCAGCCGAGGAGGCAGCCUUCGGCGGGGUGGGGAACCUGGUGGGACUGGUGAUGGGGGCCCCCCUCCGUCCAGGGGCUCGACAGGCGGUACUCCUAAUCUCCGAGCUCUCCCAGGGCUCCAUCCCUAUGGCCCGCCCCCAGGCAUGGCUCUCCCCUAUAACCCCAUGAUGGUAGUCAUGAUGCCUCCCCCCCCACCCCCUGUCUCCGCUGCAGUGCAGCCCCCUGGUGCUCCUCCAGUCAGAGACCUGGGCUCUGUGCCCCCAGAGCUGACGGCUAGCCGUCAGAGCUUCCACAUGGCCAUGGGCAACCCCAGUGAAUUUUUUGUAGAUGUUAUGUAGGGCCCACCUUGAGGCCACAUUGGUCCGUGCCCUGGGCCUGUCAAGUUUCAGCUCGGUGCUCCUCAUAGUGCCGGGGUCAUCCUGGUGCUCGGUACCCACCACACGGUUGUCGCCACUGUGAGUCUCUCCAGCAGUGCCUGGUCCCCCCUUCCUCCGGGGUAGUCGGGGACCUUUGGUUAUUUUUAGCUUUAUUUUUUAUAAGCCUUUUUGGGGAUUAAAAUAGACUUUCUUAUAUUUUGGGGAGUAUUUUUGUAAUAGACUUUUUCUCUUUUAUAUGAAGAAUCCCUUCAUAUAAAAUAUCCUGGGUCCCUUCUAACCCCAGAAUAUGACCACCACCUCCAAUUGCCUAGUUAGUUGUCACUUGGAGGGGGGUGGUGGUUACUGGUACCCUGGGAAGAGGAGGGGGGCACUGGGUACCCUAGACAGCAGUCCACGGAAGCUGGUGUGUACUUGGGGACUGUGUAGCCGCCUUUGUUCCUCUAUUUAUUUUAGUCACUUGUAUAAAACACUAAAUAAAGCAAUAGAGGCCAA